AUGAGACAUUUUAGAGUGCUCAGACAGGCACAGGAGGUGCUCAUUCGUUCUGGAAAAGGCAAUCCCACAGGACUGACCGGGAUCCAUCAACAUCCCAAUCCACGGCCGGUUCUGAUCAAGCUCUACAACUCGACGUUGACGAAGCUGAAGGAGAAGUUCCCUGAGGAAAGUGUGUACCGCAAGAGUGUUGAGUCGCUGACGAAGAGCAGGCUGGCCAUUGUGGAGGCCAACGACGUGGUGGAGCAGAUCGAGCAGAAGAUCGGGUGCGGCCUGGUGGAGGAGCUGAUCAUCCAGGCGAACGAGGAGUACGAGCUGUUGCACAAGAUGGCCGAGUGGCGGGUCUGGGACGAGCUGGAGGAGAAGCCGCUUCCCGACCAGUGGGUUUACUGGGGCAAGGGCGUCUGA